AUGGAGAGCAGCGUGAAGCAGGUGGUGUGCCUCCUCAUCGUGGUGGUGGUGGUCGUCCUGCUGGUGGUCAUCAUCGCCGGCGCCCUCGGCGCCCUGCUGAUGUGGCUGCCCGCAGACCAGCGGCACGCCGACGCCGUCCUGCGGAUGGGGCUGCAGAGAGGACUGGCCUGGGAAGAGGAUGUGGCCGCUUUCUACCUGGACAGCGGGGAUGGAAACCCGGCCACGGUCAUCUAUGAUUACAAGAACCUGCUGGUGAGCUACAGAUCCUGGCUCCACCGCGCCUGCUACAUCACCCACGUGGACAAGGACAACAUCCCAGGGCUGGACACCAUCGCCGAGACCUUCCAGCGCCGGCAGGAGAGGCUCGCCAUGCCCCUGGCCGAUCGCUCCCUCCUGGGCACCACGGCGAGCAUCCUCUGCAGCAUCGUCCCUGUCUACUGGGCUUAG